UCUCGAGCCGCCAGCCAAUCACGGCGCGUGGAAGCUCUUCCUAAGCCACGCGUCUAUUUUCAUAUUUUCUACACAAGCACUGGCCGGGUGGAGGAGUCGCAAGUCGUCUUUUCAUUUUUUUCCGAUUGACAUUAAAGUAAGACAUUAAUGUACUAUCGACACGCGCGUUCUCCAAGCCGCUCCGCUAACGUUCACGGCUAAAUUAAAGCUAGCCCGGGUAAAGCAGAAGACCUUCAGCUAGCUAAAGUCCAUGCCAGACUGCUACCUCCGAUGCUAGCUAGGCUAACGUUACCUGUCUAAUGUCCAGCAGCAGGUGGAGAGGCGACGUUACGGCGGUCCGACCCCACACAGGGUCAUCUGUCUAUCGGGUUAACGUCGGUUAGCCACGUCCGUGUUUCCACACGGGUGUAGUGUAGUACUCCUAAAACACGACGUAAUACAUUUUAAAUAAACGUAUGGGUCUUGUACAGCCUGGUAGUGAAGCUGCUGCACCCUAUUUAGUCACUGAACAUAAAGAAUAUGGGAAUUAGUAAUGCAAAUGUAUACCGUAAUUAGACCAUAAUAGGUAGUACUUCAUUAUACAAUACACCCAUUUAAUAUCAACUGCAGGGCUAUUUAUUUCUGAAUGGGAUUAUUUUGUGGAUGGGAUUUGGUUACUUUAUUCUGACUCUUCCCCAUAUGACUAUAGGUGGUCUGGAAUACAUAUGAUCAAGUAUUAGUCAGAAGCAGUAGCACGCUGCCAGAAGCUAAUCUUAGGUGUUGGGAUAAGACGAGACUCCAUUCGCACAUAAUGUGUAGACUUGAUGAACCCUAACAUGGGGCGGCCCACCUUUCUGUUCCACGCUCUUUUUUUUUAAUGUAUUUUUGAUUGAAGAAGGUGUGCGACGCUGGGGAUGCAGUUGCUGAGGGGCGCAGUGAAGCAUGCUGGGAGCGGCGUCGAGACGUUGACCUCUGCAGUACGCGGCUUCGGCUCGUCCUCGCAGCACUUCCGGACAAGUCCCCCCCCCUCGUGCACCGACGCCGAUCCCCCCAAAGUCCUCAUCACUGGAGGACUCGGCCAGCUGGGGGUGGGGCUCGCCAAGUUGCUGAGGAGACGCUUUGGAAAAAGCAACGUGAUCCUGUCGGACAUCAGGAAACCCCCCAGCCAUGUCUACCAUAACGGUCCGUUCAUCUUCUCGGACAUCCUGGACUACAAGAACCUCAGGGAGAUCGUGGUGAACAACAACAUCAGCUGGCUGGUCCACUACUCGGCCGUGCUGUCCGCUGUUGGGGAGAACAACUUUGCGCUGGCCAGAGAGGUCAACAUCACAGGUCUCCAUAACAUAUUAGACAUAGCAACCGAACAUGGUCUGCGUGUGUUUGUCCCCAGCACGAUCGGUGCCUUCGGCCCGUCCUCGCCCAGGGACCCGGCCCCCGAGCUGUGCGUGCAGAGGCCGCGCACCAUCUACGGCGUGUCCAAGGUCCACGCGGAGCUGAUGGGCGAGUACUACCACCACAGGUACGGGCUGGACUUCCGCUGCCUCAGGUACCCGGGCAUCAUCUCGGCCGACUCGCAGCCCGGAGGAGGAACCACAGACUACGCGGUGCAGAUCUUCCACGCAGCCGUGAAAACGGGCUGCUUCGAGUGCAACCUGCGCAGCGACACGCGGCUUCCUAUGAUGUACAUCGACGACUGUCUCAGGGCGACCCUGGAGUUCCUGGAGGCUCCGGCAGAGUCGCUGCUCGGCCGCACCUACAACAUCAACGCCACGAGCUUCACGCCGCACGACCUCGUCCGGGAGAUACAGAAAAGCCUGCCCGACCUUGAGGUCACCUACAACGUGGACCCGAUCCGGCAGGCCAUAGCGGACGGCUGGCCGAUGGCGUUGGAGGACACCGCGGCGCGGCGGGACUGGGGCUGGAAGCACGAGUACGGCCUCGCCGAGUUGGUGCGGACGAUGCUGACUCACAUCGCUACGGGCAACCAGCUCGCGCAGACCUACUGAGCUUUCUCUAGCUAGUAUUCAUUUAUUUAUUUAUUUAUUUUCCUGCAAAAAAUAAGCUUUCUCUGACCGUGAAUGUGACACGGAGGAUUUAAGAGGACGUCUAGCCCUCACUGUCACACUUCAAACAGUUGAAUUCAUAAAGAAAUAUUGCCACACCAGUGGCAUCGAACCAUUCCAGACCUCCUCACCCGUCCUCCUCCUCUCUGUGUUCUUGUCCGUCCAUCCAGCUUUGACGGGGAAACCAAUCUGAUGCAAGUACAUGCUGGGUACAAUCGCCAAGUUACUGAGCCGUUAAAGAGGGCUGAGUCCCCUCUCUGUAUGUAUUUAAGUCAUGUAUGCAGAUGACGCUGCCAGCCUGCAGUUCACGCAUGCGUCGUCUGUAGCAGCUAACCGCUUGCCUUUUAAAGCCGCCAGUUAUUCAAAGGUUUUGGCCGUUGGCUUCACUCCCGGCCGGUUACAAAUAUGUACUGUAAGCAGAAACCCUGAAAGGCUUCACCUCCACCUCCACCCCAGCUAGUGGACCUGUAGGGGCAGCCUCAAGGUGCUCAGACCAUAGUUGCCUAGCAGAAAAAUGAGUGUUUUAGUUUGUGAAUGGCUUCUGAUGGCCACGUCACUUCUGAACCACCGUAGGUGCUUUUAAUAUUUAUUUUGUUGGGAGUUCUGUUUAAAUGGGUUUUUUUGUCGCUUUGCGUCCUCUGCGAUAAAUAUUUAUGAUUGUUGGAUCAACGAAUGCGUUACCGGUUCCCUUUUUGUUUAUUAAGGCGAGAAUCGAGCUCUUCUGUUUGUCAGCUGCACUCCAAGGGCUUAUAUCUGUCAAGUAGUUUAAAGAAGAAGAAAAAUAUGUUCUUUAUCGUGCUAUUCUCUGCAACUUUUUUCAAAAUGACUUUUUUUUUUAAAUAAAUACUUGAAUGAA